UUUAUUUUAUUCACAGGGGGGGUUAUGGUUUUCUUUCCAAAGGGAUUAUCUCUCUCUAUAUAUAUAUAUUUGGGGUGGCUUCAACCAUAAAGCAGCUAGGUUAGAAGGAGGAAAAGCAUGCGUUUGUAUAAAAUAAAAACUCGGCUGCAAGAAUGACAGUCACUUGAAAUGCCAAGACAAAGCAGCAAUUCUGGACAGCUUUGCCACUCCAUUUUAAAAAAUAUGUAAGCUCUCUUUUCCCUUGUGAGACCCUACUCUGGAGUUAGUGCAGGGAAAACAAACCCCACUCAGCCUGGACCGCCCGUUCCCGCAGCCGCUGCUGCUGGCAAAGGAUGUCUUCAGAGCCAGCGGCAGACACCAACACUGGCAGCAGUGGCCUCAAGAAGCUGUCUUCAUUCAGCAUCGAGGACAUCCUCUCCAGCCCCACACAGAAGAGCCCCCAGGUGCUGGUCCCACUGUGCCUCCGGAGCAUCUUGGACUACACACCCAAGGGGCUGUGUGAGCUGGAGACUAAUCCAGCCAGCUCCCUUCAGGAGGAGGAGGAGGAGGAGGAAGAAGAGCUGGAAGGUGCAGGCUGCCACUGCUGCUGCUGUUCUCACAUGGGCACUUGUUCCCUGCAGGACUCGCCAAGCUGGCUGGGCACCCAGCUGCCCUGGCCCAUGCGGCUCUUCCACUCAGCCGUCAGGGUCUGUAAGGGUCCCCAGGGGAACCCCAGCGAGCUGCAGACUUUCCACCAGAUCCAGCGGCGGACACGCCGGCAUCGCACCAUAUUCACUGAGGACCAGCUGCAGGCUCUGGAGACGCUUUUCCAUCAGAACCAGUACCCGGAUGUCAUCACCCGUGAGCACCUGGCAAAUCGCAUUCACUUGAAGGAGGAGAGGGUAGAGGUUUGGUUUAAGAACCGGCGGGCCAAGUGGCGGCAUCAGAAGAGGGCAUCUGCUUCAGCACUGGUCCUUCAGGGCACCACGAAGCCCUCAGAGGAGAGCUGUUAGCAGCCAC